GCACACAACAGACUGGUUGCUGAUCUUGACGAUAACAAUCUGGUAGUUCUGGAAACCCAGAGCUUCACCACGGAAGUGAGUACCGCACUGGAAAAGCUAAAGCAUGCAGACGUUAGAAUAAUACUCGGAAACUUUAAUGAAGUUUGGGCCAGGAGGAUAUUUUGCGAAGCUUACAAAUUUCACAUGUUCGGGAGGAAAUAUCAGUGGAUUAUAAUGGGCACUUUCGCUGAAGAAUGGUGGUUGAAGCCCGACGGUGGUUGUGCACCAUCAGAGCUCGUUGAAGCACUACAUGGCGCUAUUCUGACUGAUUUACUGCCAUUGUCAACAGACCGACAAAUCACUGUUUCGGGAAUU